GCUUACUACACACCAUGAAGUCGAUUUUUGCACUGAUGGGCGUAGCCGUCAUGGCGACCCUCUGCCAGGCCGGUGGACACGGUGGAGGCUACGGGCAUGGUGGUGGACACGGUGGAGGCUACGGGGGUGUAGGUGGAGUAUCUACCAACAACUUUAACCUCGCUGGUCCAAGAGGUGGAUAUGGACAUGGCCAUGGUGGACACGGAGGACACGGUGGGUUUGGUCAUGGCGGACACGGUGGAUUUGGUCAUGGUGGACACUUUGGUGGAUAUGGCCAUGGUGGACAUGGCGGCUUUGGUUUCGGCGGCCAUGGAGGCCACGGUGGCUUUGGCUUCGGUGGUCAUGGCGGCUAUGGAAAGUAAACAACUCAUAACACUUGAGGGAACUUAAGUAAGGCAACGACAACAACAUCCAGACUCCCAACGACACCACAUAACGACUAUUGAUGUCUCUCGUGUACAGAGAUGAUAAUAAUAAAAUUAUUUAUAUA